AUGGCGAGUGGGAUGAAUGGCCCGGGCGGCGGCGGCGCGGCGGCCGGGGGCGGCGAGGAGGAGCUGGGCACCCGCCACACGGGAGGCGGAGCCGUGCUUCAGCAGGAGCCCGGCGUGCCCGGCGCGGUGGCGGCGACAGGCGAUGGGGAGCCGGCGGCGGGUGAGGGCGGCCGUUGCCCGUCCCCUCAGCCUCACCACCUGCUGCUGCUUCUGCGGCGUUCGCCCAGCGCCUCCCUCUACCCGACGCCGGAGGCCGCCCUCGCUACCAUCCGCACCGUCCCUGCGGCGGGCCGCGGCGGGCAGCCCCCCCCGGCGAGCCGCGGCGCCCCGCCGCCCGUCGCCGGUGAGGAUGUGAGGAAGUGCGGGUAUCUGAGGAAGCAGAAGCAUGGGCACAAGCGCUACUUCGUCCUGCGGGCCGAGAGCCAGCUGGCCCCCGCCCGGUUGGAGUACUACGACAGCGAGAAGAAGUUCAAGAGCAGCCUGCGGGCGGCGGGGGCCGGCGGAUCCGCCUCCCUCUGCUGUCCCCCGCCUAAGAGGGUCAUUCCCCUCUACCAGUGUUUCACCGUGAGCAGGCGGGCCGACGCCAAGCACAAGCACAUUAUCGCCCUGUACACCAAGGACGAGUACUUCGCCAUGCUGGCUGAGAAUGAGGCCGAGCAGGAGGCCUGGUACCAGGCGAUCAGUGAACUGAUGAGCCAGAGCAAGAGGGGCUUCCUGGAGCAGGAGGACCAUGCUGAGCAGCAGGUGGAUGAGGAUGAUGAGCACUAUGGGGCUGCCCUGAGGCCUGGCACCGUCUUCAAAGAGGUGUGGCAGGUCAACGUUAAACCCAAAGGGUUGGGGCAAACAAAAAACCUUACUGGAGUGUAUCGGUUGUGCCUCUCCAGCAAGGCCAUCCACCUUGUCAAGCUGAACUCUGAGGUGCCCUCUGUCCACCUGCAGCUAAUGAAUAUUCGUCGCUGUGGACACUCAGAGAACUUCUUCUUCAUCGAAGUGGGCAGAUCUGCCUCUAUUGGACCUGGAGAGCUCUGGAUGCAAGUGGACGAUUCAGUGGUUGCCCAGAAUAUGCACGAGACUUUUCUGGAGACCAUGAAAGCUCUAAAGGCCUUUGCAGAGUUCAGGCCCCGAAGCAAGAGCCAGUCUUCUGGUGGUGGUAGUGGUACCAAUCCUAUCUCCUUCAUCACCACUAGGAGGCACUUGGGCAAUCUCCCACCUAGCCAGACAGGCUUGCAGCGAAGAUCCAGAACUGAGAAUGCUGCUGGAGGGACUCCUCCUACCACCAAAAGCAGCAAUCCCUAUCGCUUCAGAACAUCUAGUGAAGGAGAAGGAACCAUGACUAGGCCUUUUAGGUCAGUGACUGGGAGUCUCAUCCACCUGAAUACUGCACGGAUGAAUUUGGGCCGGCAAGAAGGGAGCGGAAGGUAUGUGAAAGCCGCUUUCAGCUCAACUUACCACACCAGGUCUGCUUCACUGCCCGUUUCUCAUUUUCCCUCCACUACAAGUCCCAUCAGUGUUUCUUCUAGUAGCGGCCAUGGGUCAGCUUCAGACAUGUUGACCAGGCCUUCUAGCUCAUCUGUUUGUGGUUCUCCAAGUGAUGGGGGGUUUAUCUCCUCUGAUGAAUAUGGGUCCAGCCCUGGAGAUUUCAGGUACUUCCGGGUCAGGAGCAAUACACCGGAUUCCCUGGGCAACACACCACCCAUCAGAGAGGAGAACUGUCUGAGUGAGUACAUGUCCAUGAGUAAGCAGCAAGCAGAUGAUGUCUCAAGAGAUGAUUAUAUGGAGGCUGAAAAGUGUUUCAGGAAAAGAACUUACUCUCUAACAAAACCAACUUCUGCAGUGGUGCAGCAGAAGACUACACAAACUACAGCUUUGUUGGAUGAAGAUUCUGCAGGAAGUCAUGGACGAUUACUUUACUCAGAAACACAAAAACUCAGAGAGAACCAUGAACCGGAGUACAAUGAUACUAACCUUGAUUCUGUGUGUAACCAAAGUAAGAGUAAAGCCAGGGAUGAUGGGUACAUGCCAAUGAUGCCAGGAGUUGCAUCUUCUCUAUCCAACAACAGUGAUUAUUUGCCAAUGACUCCUAGAAGUAUGUCUGUUCCAAAACAGAUUAACAAUUCAUGGUCACCAUCUCAGGUUGACUCCAGAGGAUAUAUGAUGAUGUUUCCAAAGUCUGGCUCUUCACCUGUACGAAGUCCUUUAACUGGAUUUAAUUCUAAAGGAAGUAACGAGAGGAUCAUAAACAAUGAGUAUAUGGAUAUGUCACCUGGUAACUCAGCUCCAAAGCACCCUGGUGAUUCAAAUUACAUUCACACCAGUUCUGUUUCCAAAGGUUUUAGUUCGUAUUUUUCUUUGCCCCGAAGCUUUAAGGCAUUAUCAGGACAAAAUGGUGACCACAGUGAAUACGUUCCAAUGUCUUCACCUGGAAAACUCUUAUAUGGUGGACCAGAAAACGUAAAAGGAGUCAGCACUGAGGCUCUGGCUAAUGGCAUCUCUAAAUUGCCAUCGGUGAAAGGUUCAGAUGAAGGACUUGUGCAGAACAGGGUUACCAGGCCCACAAGACUGCCCCUGGGUACAAGAGGGAGCAAUACUAUCCCAAGAAUGUAUGAUCGCACAAUUCCACCUGAGCCCACCAGUCCUGGGGAAUACAUAAAUAUUGAUUUUAAUGAGAAGGCAAGUAACACACCAUAUUCCUUGUCUGCAGAAGGUUCCCCGUCGUCUCUGGGCUCAAGUAGCGACCACAGACAGUCUCCACUCUCUGACUACAUGAGUGUUGACUUGGAUGUCCAGUCACCAAAAGCAGUGAAGGAACUGUCUAACUCUCUAACAGAUAUUUCAAUUUAUGGAGGCUCUAGUAUUUCUAGAAACCAACCAAACCCUGACUACGCUCGGCUUUCCUUUGGUACUGCUUGUGUUAGCACUGCCAGUAACAGGACUGAUGACUAUACAGAGAUGACGUUCAACAUGGCAGCAACUCCACCUCGGCCAUUUGCCGCUGAAUCCAACAAUGGUGUGAAGAUGGAUAGUCCUUCCAUUGUUAACAGGCUGUGCAUUGUGGAUCGAUACGCUGGUAGCAGUAGCUUCUCUGUUCCUAGCUCUGAACCUCCUAUGGGACCGAAAGUGAUUCGGGCUGAUCCUCAAGGCAGGAGGAGACACAGUUCUGAAACAUUCUCUUCAGCUGGGACUGUGACCACCUCUUCGUCUUUCUUCACUGAUAGUAGCAAAAGACACAGCUCUGCCUCAUUUGACAAUGUUUGGUUAAAACCAGAUGAAAACAUUUCUGAUGGUCAGGAAAGCAAAAUGUCCAGGGAUACCUCAACUGGAUUUCAGAAUGGCUUAAACUACAUCGCUCUGAAUUUACGUGAUGAUCCUAUAAGCUGUGAGGCGAGUACUGCAGCGCCAGCUUGCCAUCUCCAGAAUGGUACUUCAGGUUUGGACAGUGGAGCUUACGUAAGCAUAGAUUUCAGCAGAUCUGAUGGGCUGAAGUGUAACUCUACGAGAAAAGACUGAACAUUGCCAUGGAAACCAUUGUUGGACAGAAGACUUUUCUGCUGGUAACUCCAGAAACUGUGUGGUGCUUUUGGAAGCAAAGCUCAGCUCCAGCCGGCUACUUUCAUUUCCACCAGCACGGACAUGGACACAUAUCUUUUUAAUUAUUUUUUUUUCCAUAGACAUCAGCUCUCUACAGAUGAAUUAAGUUGAAUUGAGAUUUUUUCAUAGCUGUGCUUUGGUGAUGGAAUUUGGUCUUUCAUGUCCUAUCUAUCUGGGAGGCAGUGUGAAUGCUAAUAAGAGAUCCCUGUGUGCCCCUUUCUUCCUCCUGCCUCUCCCAUUAAUUCUUUCUUUAAUUUAUAUUCUAAGAAGUCAAAGCUGGUUUCUGAUUGUCUGUUUAACAUGGAUUUUGCUUCUUUGGUACAUAAACAAGUGGUUAGCUUAAAACAUGUAUUGUUUAGAAAUAUUUUGGCAGUUCAGGAUUUUUUUUUUUCAGGUGGUGGGGUGGAAGGAGGGAUGGAGAGGUGCACAUUAGUUUGAGGGAUGAACCCAAAUGGGUCUGAGGAGGAGAGACCUCUUCUGCCCUUUUUUUUUUUUUCCUUUUUUUAAAAGGUUUUGCUUUCAUGGUACAAGAGGUAUUUCUUGAUCAUAGGUUAGGGUGUUUUAAAUCAAAUGUCUGUCAGAGCUUAAGCAGCAAUUUCUUUUUUUUGCUCAGAGUUUUGGUAUGUACAAAGUAGGAUUAAUGGGAUGGUUGUCUUGUUUGCUUUUGUUCUUACCCUCAAGAUACUUGUUUAUAAAUAUGAAUUGUGUAAAAUGAGGUUUUUGUUCCUGUAUCCAAAUGGAGAACUGCAGAGUUGUAUCCAGCGUUUGUGACUUCUGCAUUAUACUUGUCAGCUGUAGCUUUUUAAAGGGAAACCACCCUAAUUGAUCUUACUUUCAACCAAAGUCCCAUUUGUAAUUUUUUGGGACUAUUGCUGUUGUUUCUUCCUGGCAUACAUAAUGGGGAAAAAAGUAAAAUGUUGGCUCAUAAGUUGUCUUUAUCCCACUUUCAGAAAUGUGAACAAUGAUUAUUUGACAUUUUUAAAGUAAGCCCUGAGUUUUCUGCAGUUUAAGUGCUUCACUCUUGUACUGGAGGUUUUUUUGGUUUUUUUUUUUUUGGGUUGAAAUGAGUUUAGGUUUUUAACACUGCUAUGAAUUUAAAGAGUAUGACACUAGUCAUUGGUACAUGCCAUGUGUAAUAACAGGCACUGACAAUUGAGAAAGAGUUUAGAAGUGGUACACAAAUCCUCAUGCUGUACUGCACACACAGCUGGUAAUCCUCCUCAUUGUAUAUUGUACAACUGAUCUGUCUGGUCGCCUCACCUCCAACACACAACCUUUCAAUUGCUAGUACAAGUGGUGUAACAAACUGGGUACUGUCAACCCAGGUGGCUCGGUGGUGCGUAGCCAGAUCUAUUUUUGAGUAGUAUUAAAACGUACACAUCACUAAACCACGUCACCAAAACAUGAAGAUUUUUGGUUUGUUUCUGUAUUAAAAAACAUGCUACCGAUCAGUUUACACAGUAUCUAGCGACAGGAAAGCCUGUUGCUGCAGGGUUUAAAAGCACAGACCUGGUUUUGAUUCUGGAAGAGAAGUUGAAGCUGGUACAGUUACUUGUUGCUGCUAAACAUACAGGAAUUACAAACAAGACCACUCUAACAGACCACAAUACUGUCUCGCCAUAUAGCUUUUGUUUGGUCUCGUAAAUGAAUGAUGCAAUAUACAGACAGCUUUUUAUAAAGCUUUACAUCUUUUCUAAGAAAUAAAAAUUUGGAUGAAGAUAGUUCUAAACAUUUAAUGUGAAAGGAAAAAGGUUGUUUUGAAGAAAUUUGUUACAUACUUUCAUAUUAGGUCCCUGAGGCUGCCAUUGUACAAUAUACAGCACUGAUUUAAUAAAUGCUGAAUAAAUAAGUAAAUGGGUAACCUCAAGUGUAGUGGUACAAAUACUAAUAGGUACGGCAUAAUAAAUAUGCAAUCUUUUUGAAUCUCUUAGUUUACAGCAACUAAUUUAUUCAGUAUUGUGCUGGAAGAACAUUUUCAGAUGAUGUAAAACAUAUCACUAUAUAUACUACCUUCCAGCUACCCGUUUAUGCUGCUGUAUAGUACAAAAAUACCAAUGAUAGAACAAUGUUUGUCCUGUAAAUUUAAUUUGAUAUUGGACAGUUAUUGUCUGUACAAACUAAAACAUAUAUGGUUGAAACUGUUCAUUAUAUUUGCUAUUUCUGCUUCACAGAUCUGUUUUAAAGUCGAGCUGAUUGAUCUGGCUUUGUCUUCCAUUGUAAAUAUUGUUCUGUUGUUUUCUUUGUAAAACACAUCGCGUUUGCGGUUUUGGGAGACUGGCUUGAAGCUCUGUAUAGUGUUUAUAUUUAUCUGACUUGGCUUUCCAUAGAGCUACUUGCAGUAAA